CGUUAUUUCCUAUUUUAUGCCAUCUGAAUUCUGAAAGAAACCCUAGAAAACAAAGAAAACGUCUCUCAGUUUCACUGUUACCAUUCUUUUCUUCCCUUAAUCUUUUCUCGGUACCUUGGCGAACUCAGUGCUACCAAUUUCCCAGUCUAGUAAUCGAAGACCUAAAGGCCUCUCCAUUUGUUGCGUGAUGGAAGAUACGGCAUCAUCAUCAUUAGAAUCACAAUGUUCGGUUCCUUGGCUUGUAUUUCCAUAUGGAAAAGGUAAGCAAAAUCAUGCUUUGUAUAAUAUUUUUGAACCUGAAAAUAAUAGAAAAUUCAUACCAGAGUUGAGUAGAAAAACAUUUUGGCAGAAACCCUCUCAUCAAGGUUGGUUAAUUAUCCUAUGUGAUGUUAAAGAUGAGGAUAAUUCAAUCCCAGCAAAUUGGAAUUAUGGAGAUUGUUUUUUAUGGAACCCUUUAACAUUCGAGAGAAUUCAAUUGCCAAGUCUACUCAAAUGGAUUACUUAUGAGCCUGAUGGCGAGUAUAUGAUUGAUUGUGUGUUAUCAUCACCUCCUAGUAACGAUAAUGAUCAUCCGUUAGUUUUAGUUCUUUAUCAACCAAUGUCAAACCUUGAUACUUACACUUUCCUGUUUUGCCACCCUGGAGAAAAACAUUGGAGGACCCAAUUAUUUUCCGAAAAAAUUAAUGGAGAAAUGUGCGAGGUUGAGUACCUCCACUGUUUUAAAGAUAAGUUAUAUGCUUUGGGUAUCAAUGGGGAUUGCAUAGAGAUCGAAAAGCAACAUCAAGUUGGAGAUAGUCAUAAUAAUGAUAAUGUGUCCCUUUCUAUGAGGGUGUUCCAGGUAGAUGACCGCACUUUUGUUCCAUUACAUGGAGCUGCAAGGGACACUAUUAUGGGCCAAAGGUAUUUUGUGGAAGGUCAAGAUGAUCUAUACAUGAUACAUGUGAAUUACAAUGCUAGAGGAUCCGAGAGGGUAGUAAUCGCUAUAUGUAUAACCAGGUUGGAUUUCGAAUUUAUGGAGUGGAAGUUGGUGAGUAGUCUAGGUGAUGAUGUUUUGUUUGUGGGCAGAAAAAACAGAAUUUGCUGCUCAGCUGCCAAGUUGGGACUCGCGAGGGGUUGUUUGUAUUGCACUCCUCCUGUUCACCAACUCGAUGAGUUCUUCCUUCCGAUGGGAUCUCAAACCUCUCCUGCGAAUCUGGGGUUGUACAAAUUUGAAGUCGAAGGUGCUGGGUGCUAUGACAUUCGCCGUGUCUGAGGCUGUCGGAACCAGUGUUUGCACCUGAUUGGAUCGUGCUGCCUGAUGGACAGAGAAAAAAGGAAUGUAAGUUGAGUAUUAAUGAAGAAAACCAUGAUUACAUCUUAAAGAAUGAGAGCACCAAUUAGAUUUAUAGACUCAAUGCACUCGAAUUAGAAAAAGAAGAAGAAGAAAGAUGUUGGGGUAUUCUUAACGAGGAUAUGGUGGUGUUGAUUUCAAGUUAUCUGCACCCAUUGGAUUAUGUGCAUUUUCGUUCGGUUUGUAAAUCCAAUCGACAGAUAAUGCCUGUAGUAAAGACUACCUUUACUUCUACCCAGAUCUUAGAAACCACAAAUUUAUCCCCAUGGCUAUUGUUCUCUGGAGAUAACAGCUCCACUGUUUACAAUUUAGUGAACCCGGUGCAUGAUAAUGAGAACUACCUCAUGAACUUCUCAGAAUUGUUGUUAGAUGCCACAAUACGUUUUCAGAAAGGGAGCUGGCUACUAAUGUCAAGAGAGGAUGAAUUAUUCUUCUACAAUCCCUUCACUAGAGAGAUCAUCAAACUUCCUGACUUUCCAGGGUGUUAUUACAGGUCCGAUAUUUCUUUCUCCUCUAUACCGACUUCUUCUGACUGUUGUUUUCGCUAUUGAGGCAAGGCCGACAAGUGAUGAUGAAAUUGAAUUGUCUAUCCACUGCAUUAAAAGGGGGAGCCAGGAUUGGGAUUUUUUUUAUUUUGAUGAAGAGAAGUUCUCGCCAUCCUCGCCAAUACGUAACACUCCGAUCUUGUUUGAUGGGGAAUUCUAUUGUGUAGGUUAUGACGGAGCUUUGGGAAAUUUUGAUUUGAAUGAUGGCUACAAUUGGGAAGUCCUUGAGGAAGCCCGUCAACAGUUUAAGGACUCAUAUCCAACUUUUUUGGCAGAAUGCGGAGGUGAUCUUUUGUUAGUGAAACUAGGAUGUUCUGAAAUGCCAGUUAGAAUCUUUAGAUUGGAUUUUGCUAAAAGGAAAUGGGUUAAAGUUGAGAGUUUGGGGAAGCAUAUGUUGUUCAUCUACGAUAUUAGUUGUUUCUCAGCAAUAGCUCCGAAUAGUCGGAUGGCGAACAAGAGUCGGGAUUUUGCUAAGAACUUUUGUGGCACAAAAGGCUGGCUUAGAAACUACACUUGGAUUGAACCCAAUUGGUCAAAGUCUACUCCUCAAGAGCUCGACUGGUUCAAGCUUCCGUCACUACCGUGAAGUUAAGUUCUCUAACAUUUCUGUGUUCUUCUUUAAUGGUUUAAUUUCUGAACAGUACUUUCUCAAUUUGAGAUAAUGUGUAAUAUCUCUCAAGGUUUUCAUGGUAGAAUGCUUGUUUUAAUAAUGCCAAGUAUUAGCUGGUUCAUCACUGCCAGCUAUUAGAAUCUUCAGAGAUGAA